AUGUCAAACACCAGGCCUGCAACUCAUGCAGGGUCCUGGUAUAGUGGAGACACGAGUGCUCUCAAGUCUCAAAUUGACAGUUUAAUCGCUCAAGCACAGGGUCCGCGAGUCGCCAUCAAUCGUCCAGUUGAAGGCGCAAGAGUGUUGAUAGGACCCCACGCGGGCUACACUUUUGCUGGAGAGAGAUUAGCCGAGACCUAUAACGUCUGGGACGCUUCAAAAGUCAAACGCGUGUUUAUCUUGGGCCCUUCACACCACGUCUAUUUCAAAAACCAUGCCAUGUUGUCCCCUUUUGACAUAUACGAGACGCCCUUGGGGAACUUGGAAAUCGACCGGCCAGUUGUAGAAAAGUUGCUUUCUUCAAAAUCCAAGCCGAGAAAACCACCUAUUUUCAAGGAAAUGUCAGAGGAAGUGGACGAGGACGAACACUCGUUUGAAAUGCAUGCUCCGUUUAUAUACCACCAGGGACUUAGAUCGCCUCAUGGCCCUCCCAAAAUCAUCCCCAUAAUGAUCAGCGGCAUGGACUACGAGACGCAAAAUGAACUUGCCGAAGCGCUUCUCCCAUUUCUAGCAGACGAAGAAAACCAUUUUGUCAUUAGUUCAGACUUUUGCCACUGGGGAUCGCGUUUUGGAUACACGACAGUCUUGCCGGAAAGGACUAGUUCGUUGCAUUCAUUGGAGAAAGACUUGGUAUCCUUGACAAAGUCCACUCGGUUGACAGAUUUCAGCAUCCACGCAUCAAUAGAGAACUUGGAUAGAAUGGCUCUUGAUAUUGCUACAAAAGGCUCGUCUCAACAGUGGAAGCAGUACAUCAGAACUUCCGAAAACACAAUCUGUGGCCAGAAACCCAUCUCCAUCGUAUUGCAGCUUCUUGAGAAAUAUGGUAGACUGGGCGCAACUGACGUUUUUCAAUGGAUUGGAUACUCUCAGAGUAACCCGGCACGCUCCAUCAGGGAUAGUAGUGUUUCUUACGCGUCUGGUUACGUGAAGUUGUAG